CCUCCAGCGGCUCUACGCGCAGACCACACAGUGCCGGGCGCAUGGAAGCUCUGGCGGAACCCGGGCCCGGAGGCCCGGAGGCCGCCCCCGAGCGCCCAUGGCUGCGCCGCCUGGUGCUGUCCGACUUCCGAAAAGAGCUGAGGGCGCUCCUGGUGCUGGCGGGUCCCGCGUUCCUGGCGCAGCUGAUGGUGUUCCUGGUCAGUUUUGUGAGCUCGGUGUUCUGCGGCCACCUGAGCAAACUGGAGCUGAAUGCUGUCACGCUGGCGAUUGCGGUUAUCAAUGUCAUGGGUGUUUCCGUGGGAUUCGGCUUGUCUUCGGCUUGCGACACCCUCAUCUCCCAGACCUACGGGAGCCGGAACCUGAAGCACGUGGGCGUCGUCCUGCAGCGGGCCACACUCAUCCUGCUGCUCUGCUGCCUGCCUUGCUGGGCCCUCUUCCUCAACACGCAGCACCUCCUGCUGCUCUUCAGGCAGGACCCAGCUGUGUCCAGGCUCACCCAGACCUAUGUCACAAUCUUCAUUCCAGCCCUGCCCGCCACCUUCCUUUAUGCUUUACAAGUGAAAUACCUGCUCAACCAGGGAAUCGUCCUGCCCCAGGUGGUGACUGGAGUGGCAGCCAACCUUGUCAAUGCCCUCGCCAACUACCUGCUCGUCCAUCAGUUGCAUCUGGGGGUGAUGGGCUCUGCGCUGGCCAACACGGUAGCCCAGUUCACUCUGGCCCUCCUCCUCUUUCUCUACAUCCUCAGGAACAGGCUGUAUCAAGCUACGUGGGGAGGGUGGUCCCUCGAGUGCCUGCAGGACUGGGCUUCCUUCUUCCGCCUGGCCAUCCCCAGCAUGCUCAUGAUGUGCAUGGAGUGGUGGGCCUAUGAGAUUGGCAGCUUCCUCAGUGGUAUCCUGGGCAUGGUGGAGCUGGGGGCCCAGUCUGUCACGUAUGAGCUGGCGGUCAUCGUGUACAUGAUCCCCAUGGGCUUAAGUGUGGCCGUCAAUGUUCGGGUUGGGAAUGCGUUGGGUGCUGGAAACAUCGAGCAAGCAAAGAAGUCCUCGGUGGUUGCCUUGCUGGUCACAGAGCUUGUUGCCAUCAUCUUUUGUGUCCUGCUGUUGAGCUGCAAGGAUCUUGUGGGCUACAUUUUCACCAGCGACCGAGACAUCAUCGCGUUGGUGGCCCGGGUGACCCCGAUUUAUGCGGUUUCGCACCUCUUCGAGAGCCUUGCUGGAACGAGCGGCGGCAUCCUGAGGGGAAGUGGGAAUCAGAAGUUUGGAGCCGUUGUUAACGCCAUUGGGUAUUACGUGGUUGGGCUUCCCAUCGGCAUUGCACUUAUGUUUGCAGCCAAGCUUGGAGUGAUCGGCCUGUGGUUAGGGAUCGUGGUCUGCGCCGUCUCUCAGGCUGUGUGUUUUCUGGGCUUUAUUGCUCGGCUCAAUUGGACGAAGGCCUGCCAACAGGCUCAGAUCCAUGCCAACGUGGUGGUGAACAUGGCCUCCAGCGGGAAUUCCGCUGUGUUCUCAGACCUGCUUCACUCAGGUGCCGAAAGUGAUAGAGGAUUCGUGCUGGCCGACGGAAAAGCCGAGGAGGAGCAGGUGCCCCAGGAGCCCUCUCGUCCUGCCCGCCCGGUGGGCAGUGCUCAUUUGUCGGUGAAACAGCUGCUGCUGCGGCGAGGGCUCCUGCUCCUGGGCGUCCUGCUAGUCUUGCUGGCGGGGAUCCUCGUGAAAGUGUAUGUCAGAAUUCAGUGACGUGGCAGGAGAGAGGGCGGGGCUACCUGAAGCACGCUUCCCCUGGGGUGCUGUCCCAGUAAAGCUGUCUUCAGUUGACAAGACUGUACGUGGACAAUGCCUGAAGCCCACCUCCCAACAAUGGGACUGUAGCACGGCAUGCCCAAGAAUCUCACUUGUGAUGUGGGUUGCCCACCAACUGCCUGGUGUCUCCAACAAGAUCCAAAUCCCAACGGAAGGCUUUUGUGCUUGCAUUAUGAGGUCAAGCCAUCUGUGCUUUGAGCUU